AUGGAAACGGCCAUCGAUGGGACGGUCAGAGCCAAGCAAACCAACCGAGCCAUUCUCAACCUCAUUGCAAUGCCGGACGGUGUGGAUACAUCCAAUGGGACGAACACCCCACGCAACCCGCCUGAGUCGGGCUUCGAAAUCGUCACUUGGGAUGGCCCUGAAGACCCCGAGAAUCCGCAGAAUUGGCCGCGGCGGACGAAGCUACUCCGGUCGUCGGCGCCGCUGUCGGUCAUCUUUGCCAUUGCAUUUGCAUCCAGCGUGUUUGGUGCGGCGGCAGAGAUGACUGCUGCUGAGUAUGGCGUGUCCCAAGAACUGAUGUCUCUCGGGGUGGCCCUGUUCAUCGCCGGGUUUGCAACUGGCCCGCUUGUCUUUGCGCCGAUGGCUGAAGUGGUUGGGAACGCUCCUGUUCUGGCGGUCGCUUUAGCGGGAUGUGCGAUCUUUCAAAUCCCACUGGCCCUCGCGCAGGGCGUUGCCACCAUCCUGGUCUGUCGGUUCCUGGCUGGGAUGCUAGGCAGUGGAGGUCUUGCGGUUGGCUCUGGUAUCCUCGCCGACAUCUUUGGGCCGAUCACCCGCGGUGUCGCGGUUGGAUUGUCCGCAUCGACCAUGAAUCUUGGAUCUAUCAUUGCCCCCAUUGCUGGCGCCUAUAUUGUCGAUCGAUACGGCUGGCGAUGGACCGCGUGGGUGACGUUGAUCUUAUGUGGCGUUGUGGGCAUUCACGCCCUUCUCUUGCUGCGCGAAUCGUCCCACAACCGCAUCCUCAUGCGGCGUGCAUCCCGGCUUCGCCGUGAAACAGGGAACAUGAAUUUGCGUGCGCGUGCUGAGAUGGCAUCUCUAGAUCCACGCGUGCUGCUGCGUAAGUACUGCACUAAGCCGGUCCGAAUGUUCAUCCAGGAACCUAUUUUGAUCGUCAUGACGGUAUAUCUGACCCUGGUCUAUGGCACGCUGUAUCUAUCCUAUCAACUAUUUCCAAAGGCAUUCCAAAAUCGCGGGUGGAGUAAGCCUACCGCCACCCUGCCCUUCAUUGCCGUUGGAUUAGGAGUGUUGUCGGCACUGGGCCUCUUCUCUUUAUUCACAAUGACCUGGUACAAGCGCCGCUGGCUGGCCUCGCAGAGGGCAAAGCCGGAGGAGGAAGGGACAACUGCGGCUCAUGUUGCUCCGGAGCAUCGAUUGCCCCCCAUGAUCCUGGGAGCAGUGAUACUCCCGCCAGCACUGCUCUGGUUUGGCUGGUCAGGAAACACCCAUUGGGCUUCGCAACUGAUCUCGUGUUUCUUCAUUGGACUGGCGUUGCAACUCAUUUUUAUCAGCGGCAUCGUUUACAUCGUCGAUACCUACCUCCUGAAUACCGUCUCAGCCAUCUCAAUCCAUGUGAUGGUUCGCUCCUUGGUGUCUGCGAUUUUCCCAAUUGUCGAAGGGCCCAUGUACGAGACUCUGCACAUCAGUUGGUCGGCCACGCUGCUUGCGGGACUGUCAGCGUUCAUUAUGGUCUCACCGAUUGUGUUUAUGGUUUAUGGAUCUCGGAUUCGAAGUUGGAGUCGGUUCUCAGUUGGUGGCAACCAAGUUCAAUAG